CAGGCCUCCUUCCGAGACGCGGCCUGCGUGUUGUUGCCGGAGGCGGACGAGAUGCCAGAGCUGACCCUGGAACUUGUAUUUGUGAGCACAGGGCCAAGCAGUGCUCCACGAGCAGUGCUGGACGUUGGGAAGAACCGGCGCCUGAAGGUCGUUGAGACGCACCUCAGUGCAGAUGCGUCUGACGAGGCCUUGUCCAAUGGCCUGUGUCGGGUGCUGGUGGCAGAGAAUGCCCAGGUUCAGCACGAGGUCCUGCAGCAGAAAGCCGAGAGUUCCAGCUUUGCGCACUCCAUCACCGCCGAGGUGGCCGCGGAGGGCCACUACGGGUUCCGCGCGGUGCAGUGCGGCGCGCGGUGUGCGCGCCUCAACGUGGCGGUGGCCCUCCAAGGCGAGAAGUCGCCCGCGGGCCCAGUGGGGAGAAGGGGUGGCGCGAUAGACUUGCAAGAGCCCGGAUGAUCUUCAAAAUCGACACCCCAGACAAGUAGGCUCGGUGAGCAGCUUGCGAUCCUGCCUAAAGGCGCGACACAAGGUGACUUGCGUGUUAA